CGUGAUGUUCAAGAUCAGAAAGAUAACGAAAAGCGUGAACCACAAAGGUCUUCAAGUUCAUCUUACAAUUAUUAUCGAAAUGGUGGAAAUCCUGGCUCUAAGCGUGAUGUUCAAGAUCAGAAAGACAACGAAAAGCGUGAACCGCAAAGGUCUUCAAGUUCAUCUUACAAUUAUUAUCGAAAUGGCGGAAAUCCUGGCUCUAAACGUGAUGUCCAAGACCAGAAAGAUAACGAAAAGCGUGAACCUCAAAGGUCUUCAAGUGCACCUACCAGCUAUUAUCAAGGUGACAAAGGACUUCGCUCUAAGCGUGAUGUACAAGAAGAUUAA